GGUCCUCGUCUAAAGAUAUCUGAUGUGACAGGUCACCUUCUGUUUGUGUUAAAGUCAGACAUCUCUAAACACAUUGGAAAGACAUACUGUCAGAUUCUUAUGAAAUCUGUGCUAUCUGUUCCUAAAUACAGACUAGAAAUCCCCAAGAAACACUGGGAAGAAAUUUUGGACAUUUUCAUUGAGUUUGCUACUGAAGCUCCACCAUGGCUUUCSAGAGACUCCAAUCUUGUGAAUAGCAUUAUUCAUUUGGUCAUUUCUGGUUCRAAUUGUCAACUUCAAAACCCUAGACUCUUCAAGUUUUUCUCACAGAUUUUAAAAAAUGCAAGGGAAUCCAUGAAAGUUUCAAAUUUAGAAAACUUGCUGUCRGCACUUCAUUGCUUUGCAAUCUCUGUAGCUGAGGACUGCAAAGGCCAAGUUUGUGAACUUGGUGAAACAAUUUUUCCUGAUCUACUAAAUCUGUGGAAGAAACCUGGAAAUCAAUACAAGGAUCAAAUUGAACCAUUUUUUCAACUCCUAAUGAGUAUUCAUCACCCAAUGGGAACACAUACAGAUGAUGAAGGAGCCUGGAGCACAGACUUCAACCACUGGAAGAAAUGUUUGCAAAAAUUAUACGAUGCAAUGUCAAGUCACAUUACACAAUUGGAUUCAAAGAUUAGAGCUGCAGGAGCUAAGAUGGAUCCAGCAUUAAAACCAUCCUUCUUGGAUUUGGCUGCUGAUGUCUUUCAUCAGGUGUUCUGGACAUCAUCUAAUUGUAAUUCAGUCAUGUUACAAGGGUGCAAUGGCGACACAGGGAGCAGUGCUGCCAAGAGACGUCGUAUUGAUGUUGGUUUUCACAUUCUGAGAGAAAAAAUUGAUGUCACAUCGGAAGGACCUGCUCUCAUUGCCUGGUUGCAAGUACUGUCCACUCUUCUCCUUAAGCACCCGUCAUCUCUYACUUCAACUGAAUGUCUGCCUUUGUUGACUGCACUCCAUCAGCUCCAGACAAAUUGUAAAAGACAAGAAGUUGCAUCAAAUGUUAUAAAAUGCCUUCAAUCCUUUGCCAUCUGUUUUGCUCAGCGAAAGGCAAAACUCAACAAAGACAUUGAUGAUACCAUCCAGUUUUUUUGGAAGAAAGUUUGGACCUCCUUACUCAAGACACUUAGCAUUAAACACCACAAGGAAGAGGGAUUCUCAUUAMUGACAAUACUGAUAAUGAAAAAACUUGUUGAACCAGAUUUAGAUGUUUGGAAGGUUUUGCUGGCUUCUCCUCCAUCAAGGAGCUCUCUUGAGUUUCUGUCUGUCUACAUGCAGUAUUACCCUCUGCCAGAAAACUACCAACCAAUAAAACCACUUAUCCUAGCCUCAUCUUCAGAACGAGGCUCAUAUCCCUUUAGGCGACAUCUCCUUGACUGGAUGCUACCAGUACCUGAUGUAGGCGAACCUAACAAAGGGCUACUUACAGUCCUGACCUGUCAAUCAGCAACACGAGCAAUUAGUACAAGACUAAUAGCAGAGGUUUUAAGCUCCUUGUGUCUUAGGACUUUAACUUCAUCUUCAUUUACUGAAAAUCCAACAGUAAACUCAUUACUGCCUUACCAUGGCUACCCAUUCAAUGAAGAAUUCUACAAAUUAGAGAGGCUUUACCUUGAAUCUUCUUUUGAUGAAGACAAAAUUGAUGCUCACUACCUGGAGCAAGAACCACAGCACAGCAGCAACAACAGCUUAUGUUUGAACAGCAGCAAUAAUACUGUGCAAGUACUCAAGACAUUGUUUCUAGAAAGACUUGCUUUGCUUGCAGACCACAUAACAGAGUUCUUUGAUUCAGAGGCAAAACUCAACAAAGACAUUGAUGAUACCAUCCAGUUUUUUUGGAAGAAAGUUUGGACCUCCUUACUCAAGACACUUAGCAUUAAACACCACAAGGAAGAGGGAUUCUCAUUAAUGACAAUACUGAUAAUGAAAAAACUUGUUGAACCAGAUUUAGAUGUUUGGAAAGUUUUGCUGGCUUCACCUCCAUCAAGGAGCUCUCUUGAGUUUCUGUCUGUCUACAUGCAGUAUUACCCUCUGCCAGAAAACUACCACCCAAUAAAACCACUUAUCCUAGCCUCAUCUUCAGAACGAGGCUCCUACCCCUUUAGGCGACAUCUCCUUGACUGGAUGCUACCAGUACCUGAUGUAGGCGAACCCAACAAAGGGCUACUUACAGUCCUGACCUGUCAAUCAGCAACACGAGCAAUUAGUACAAGACUUAUAGCAGAGGUUUUAAGCUCCUUGUGUCUUAGGACUUUAACUUCAUCUUCAUUUACUGAAAAUCCAACAGUAAACUCAUUACUGCCUUACCAUGGUUAUCCAUUCAAUGAAGAAUUCUACAAAUUAGAGAGGCUUUACCUUGAAUCUUCUUUUGAUGAAGACAAAAUUGAUGCUCACUAYCUGRAGCAAGAACCAMARCAMWGCAGCAACAACAGCUYAUGUUUGAACAGCAGCAAUAAUACUGUGCAAGUACUCAAGACAUUGUUUCUAGAAAGACUUGCUUUGCUUGCAGASCACAUAWCAGAGUUCUUUGAUUCAGAGAACUCUGGUUCCUCUUCCAAAGAACGUUUGGAUCAUCUYGGGAGGUGUUUGCAAAGYUUUGCACGCUAUUGUCGACUUGUCAGCCAUGUUGUCACUCAGCUUUUGGAGAAUUGGAAAGAAGGAAGGAAAGGAAAGGAAGGGAGAAACGAAGGAAAAAAAGAAGAAUUACUAGAAAAAAAAAUGAUAAGAAAGAAAAAAUAUGGGGAGAAUGAGGAAAGCAGGGACAAAAGGAAAAGGCGUGCUUGUAUACAAAUGACUCUUGUGGGUGCUUUAUUGCAGGCAAGUUCCAAAGUCAUCCUACCUGUCAUCAAGAAAAUGAUACCAAUUCAACURCUGGACUACAUACUACAGAUAUAUCAUGGAAAGUGGGGUCAAUCUCUAUUGGGCAUUACAAGACUUGACAUGAYGGACAGCAGCAUAUUGAACCAGACAAGUGGAUUGAUGUCCCCAGAUGAUGAUGAUGAYGACUUUGAUAUGGAAGUGUCAUCAKGUGAUGYCGAAUCAUCAUUGAAUACACCAGCCAUGCAAUCAWCCCAGUUACAUGUAACUCCUAGAAAUGCAUACAUAUACCUCCGUCAGUCUGUUUGUAAGCUGCUAUGCACGCUAAGUUCUCUGGAAGAAGGUAGUGCUGUGAUGCCAAUCAGGGAUAMCAUCAUGGAGCUUUUCCAAGCAGUGGAAUUUGAUGUUAAGAGAGAAACGGAUUUACAAAUGUAUUUUACAGUCACACAAGAUCUUGGAAAAGAUAAAUCGGCUUUGAGUAGCAGUGAUCUUGAUCUUAUUAUGAAUGUGUUCAGACAAGUAAUGGGAGCUCAUCGGAAAGACCCUCAAGUGUGUCAUCAAGCUCUACAGCUAYUGGAAAAAUUGGCACCAAAAUUUAAGGAGGCUGAWGAAGGAACCAAAUCUAUGGCGACUCACAUGAUAAGGGCGUUUUGGAAACUMAAGGAAAACUAUUCAGCUGGAGUUAGGUUUGCUCUUUUAAAGUGUAUGGAGGCCUAUCUUAAGGUUGAUCCAGAAGAACUUUGGACUUGCGUUGAGCAAAGAAACAAUGACAACAGAGAAGCAUCAACGUUCUCUCUGAGGAAAGAAUUCCCAAGAUUUCUUCUUGACGAAAGCCAUGCAGUGCGCUUGUAUGCUGGGCAUGCGCUUGGAAGUCUAUUUAUGGUAACUUUGACAACUGGUGAAAAAGUCCCAGCACCAAAAACCCUGCAGUACCGGACGUUUGACCAAGUUGCUAAAGUGCUAGCAAACUUAUUGCUUUUACCAGACGAUGGUGAUAGUGAUGAUGCACGCGAAGACGAGGKAGUCAACCGUUCMGUGUCGAUGCUGUCUGCAUUAAAACAUCUCACCAUUGCAAGUCCAGUGUGCGAGAAGAAGGCCAUAGCACUUGUUUUCCAGGCUUUAAAAGAACAACUUUUAGAUAARGACUUUGUUAUAAAGACUCUUACACAGUUAUCCAAGAAGCUUGGCUUCCCAUCAAGCUCUUGUUACAUCAGUUUUCAUCUGCCGUUCAUCAUUGACAAUUGGCUGAAUCAUGGUUUCAAGAUUGUAGACUUUCCUUUCAGAAUACUUGGAUUUAAGACACUCGGGGAUUUCUUUAAGUGUCAUUUCAACGUCAUCUUGCCUCAAAUUAUCCUUCGACCUGAUAAAAUCAAGACCUCUAUGGAGCAAUUUUCUGCCCAUGUACAACCCCCUGAGGAUGUGACAAAGUACAUCUUACAGAGCUUCUGUGGUAUCGUUUCUUGUCUSUUGCCAUGGUUUGCAGUACAGAGCAGAAGAGAGGGAGAUGAAAGCCAAGAAAAUAGUGACUCGAAGAUGAACACAGAGAGACGCCGUUCUGAAGCAAACCAAAGCUACGAAUACCUGAAACAGUUGCUUUCCCCACAGGUUGUGGACAGAACCAUGGCAACAAACUUCGAUGAGCUUGUUCUCCACUUGCUGUACAGAAUGCAUGAACCGAGUAAUGAAGGCUCUGAUUUAGCAACUUUUUCAAGCCCUACUGAUCCAGAUCCUAAUGUUCCAUAUUUCACAUCGCAAGCUGUCAAAGCCUCACUUGAAUAUCUGACAAGCUGUUUUAAAGGAGARUCCCUGGUUGGAGUACUUUGUAAAACAAAGGAUAACAUCCAAAAAAUAUUGCUGUCGCUGAACCAACGUAUCUUUGAAACUCAUUUGAUACACGAAAAGCGGCGAGUGUUGUCAAUGUAUAGAYUGUUUGUACUGCUCAUGUUAAGAGAACUCGGUGGAGGACUGGGUAACACUUGGGCUUUCUUCAUCAGAGACGUCAUCUAUUCGUUAAGGAGAAUAAUAACAGCUGCAGAAGACGAAUACACGGAUCCCCGUCAGCUUUGUACAGGUCUGGUGAUGGACUCGGAUAUGUUUACACCAGCCUGCAAUCUUCUGUACCACGUGUGUCAAUCAGCUGUAGAGCACUGUAGUGGAGAACUAAACAAUCACCUUCACGUUAUAAUAAGUACACUAAUGCCUUACGCCAAAAGACACGAUGACACGGCGAAACAGGCUCUUGGACUACUGUCAUUUCUAAUCAUCGACAGCAAGCAUGCCUUGAGAGACUCCAUUGCACAGCUGGAUCCCUUCCCUGAUCUUCCUCAGUUUCARGAGAUUAGCGACGUACACAAAUCUGUCAUGAGAAUGUCAAGGACUUCCCUUUUGCAAGAAAUAACUCACUUUGUAUCAGUCACCACUCCCCCUCUAAGUCGUGUUGAAGGAUUGAAGCAUUUGAAACAAAGACUCAUGGACAAUAAACAUCAACUGCAUUGUCUUUUAGAAGAUAGUAAAGAUUCUGUCCCAGAUCUCGUCCAUGAAUUACUACAUAUGUCGUCCUCCUUAAACUCACUUGGUACCAGUACUGCCCAAGACGUUAAGGUCGAGAUUGCCAACUGUCUUGGGGAGAUUGGGGCUGUGGACCUGUCUACAGUGGCCCUGAGUGGGAGACAAAGAAAAGAYCUUGUCAUGCCUCCCCCGGAAACRUUCAAAGCAGACACUAUCACCCAACGUAACUCUAACAUCGUGGGACUUCUAAAUCAAUAUAUGUCCGACAAAAGUGUUGAGGUUGUUGCAGCAGCCUCACUGUGUCUAAAACAAGUUCUUGGUACAACGUCUGGUGUUGGUUUACUAAAGAAGUAUGAAGGCUGCAAAGCGGAGAGACUCUUGUGGUAUCUAGAACCAUUUAAACCGUCAAGAAAGAAAAAGACAAAUACUAGUGGAGCUCCUUUUAUAUCACACGAAGAAGACUUCAGGACGUUGAUUGGUAAACCGUCUCUAUGGAUACCUGGAUCAACCAAUGAGAACACGAAUCAUGAGUCAUGGGUCACGUGCUUGACACGUGCCUUGAUUGAGAGUGGUGGAGUACAGGACGAUAUUCUUGUACUUCUUUCUCCUGUUUGCAAGGCUAAGGCCGAGUUUGCAGAUCAUAUCUUCCCAUAUCUGAUUCACAAUAUUCUUGACACUGGUGACGAUCACCAUCGAGAUGUUCUUUCUGAGCAAAUUCAGGGUUUCUUUCAUCAUUGUAUCGGUAGAAAUUCUCUUUCAAGUCGUCCCAGUUCACCUCUGUCAGUCGUGGAAGGAGAACCAUCGCACCAAGUGAGUAAACAGAGCAUCAGGUCCAUGUUAAACGUCGUGAAUUAUCUUCGAUCACAACCACGAGCCAAGCGAGGACGUGGUGAGAGUACCCCUUGGGACAAUAACUUCUGGUUGCAGCUUGACUACCUUGAUGUGGCACAGGCAGCCCAGGCAUGUUCUGCACACUUUACAGCCUUAUUGUACGCUGAGAUAUGGAGCGAUAUCCAACGAACGCUCUCGGACUCGCCCGUCAACAUCACUCUACCCGCUCACAGUCAAGGAAUGGAAGUGGACGAGCACACCCAAAGCACAGACAGUGGAGUGGGGACUAAUUUYCAGUCUCUUCUGCUAGAGAUCUACAGCUGUAUUGGAGAGCCUGAUAGUGUAUACGGCGCAGGCGCGGGACGCCUUGCGGACAUGGAUUCUAGGAUAAGAACUUAUGAACAUGAGGAGGCCUGGGGUAAAGCUUUGGGUGCGUACGAUUUACAAGUGCAGGAAAGUCUUACAGCACAAACCGGAUUAAUUCAGUUAUUAGCAUUGCAACAUUGGCUUCGCCUAGUGUCUGACGUUAGUCAUGUGAGUCUAGAGAGUGUGCGCAGUGUCUACCCGUACCUUGUACAACUACAGCAGCUGAUGGAACUACAGCACUUUAGUUUGUGCUUGAACAAGGAUUUCAACGAAGAUUCAGAUUUCCUAUCAGAAUGGAACGAAAGAUUUCCUUUGCCGGACACAGAUUUCGAGUUUUUAGAACCAGUCCUCGCUCUUCGUACGUCCAUGCUUCAAACUCUGGUGAAAGUGAAGCGUGCGCAGUCUUUAGACGGUCUUGGACCCAUUUACAAGGGGCUUGUGGGACACCUUGAGGUACAGGCAAAGGUAGCAAGAGAAGCCAAGAACCCACAGGUUGCAGAAAAAGCUUUAUUUACUAUUCGCCAAUUACAUAAUGACGUCAUGGAGGCUCAGUCACGUGAUGGUGUCAAUCUUGGAGUCACGUGGUCAUGGCGUGUAGAAGAGGCGAGGUUACGUUGGGUUCGUGAUGAAAGACAAACUGCGAUGCACCAAUUAAGAAUGCUGACAAAGCUGCUCGAUAAGAUGCAAGACCAAUAUACGGAAGCGGCAAUCCUCUAUCCCCAGGCCCUAGGACUCUAUGGUAGUUGGCUGGCGGAGACUAGGUCCGAGAACCCAAACAAAAUCAUUGAAGAAUAUCUUGAAAAGGCAGUAAACUUGCUGGAAAAUAUGGAAAAUGRAUCCAAGGACACAGAGUUAGAAGCUUUCCUUUCCCUUGCAAGGUUCGCAGACACGCAGUACCAGAACAUCGUGGACUACAUGAACUCGGCCGAGUUUGAAAACAAACAGCAAAGAGUACGGAAAGCAAAGGAUGAAUGUGAUCGUCUUCAAAAGCUUAACCCUUCGGAAGGCGAUCGUUAUUAUCGGACCCUUGAAGUACAGAGCCAAAUAGACGAAGACGAGCUGCGAUUGUUAAACGAGAAUAAGAUGAACUUCUUGUACAAGGCUUUAGUGAAUUACAUUAAGACUCUUCAAGCAGGGGACAAAUACGACCUCCGUGUAUUCAGGCUGUGUUCKUUGUGGUUUGACAAUGCUAAUGAAGACUUGGUCAACUCAACUAUCAAGGAGAGUCUGACAUGCAUACAGACAAGAAAGUUUCUACCGUUGAUGUACCAACUUGCAGCUCGACUUGGGACAAAGUCCUACAAAAACGAUGACUUCCAGAGAACUCUGAAUGAGCUUAUCGAGCGAGUGUCAAUCGACCAUCCUCACCAUACUAUGUUCAUCUUGUUGGCCCUGGCGAACGCUGAUCGUGAUAAUGAAUUCAUGGGUGGCGGCAAAAAGACUGGGUCAAGACUGGCCAGAAACAACGCUAAAAAGAACAAGGGAUUCGUUGACGAAGCCCGUGUCAGCGCCGCUUGCUCUCUCAUUGAAAACAUCGCCGCUAAGCGAGGUGAACUUGUCCAGGCUCUCAAGAAUGUAUGCAAUGCGUACAUCGAACUUGCGUACUUGGACGUGAACCACUUGAAGAAAGAAACAGGUCCUUUUAAGCUUCCAACUCAUCUAAUGAUUAACAAGUUAGUCAACCUUAAGCACGUCGCCUUACCAACAAUGGACAUUAAGGUGGAUCCGCUGUGUAAGUACGAUGACCUGGUGUACUUGUCAAGAGUUUCUUCAACAUUCUGUCUUGCUGGUGGGAUUAAUCUACCAAAGAUCAUUACGUGUAUUGGAUCUGAUGGCAUUGAGAGACGACAGCUUGUGAAGGGGAGAGAUGACCUUCGCCAAGACGCUGUCAUGGAGCAAGUGUUUGGYAUGGUUAACCAAUUAUUGGUUAAAAACGCUGAAACGAGAAAACGAAAGCUAAAGAUACGAACGUAUAAGGUUAUCCCACUAACCCAACGCAGUGGUAUGUUGGAGUGGUGUGAGGGUACAACACCAUUAGGGGACUACUUGAUUGGAAAAAUACAACACCGUAUACCAGGAGCACAUCAAAAGUAUCAUCCUCAAGACUGGUCGCCAAUGGAUUGUCGACGGAAAAUGAUGCAAGCAGAUCAAAACAGAAAAACCAAAGAAGAAAUUUAUAAGGAAAUCACUGAGAACUUCCAUCCUGUCUUUCGACAUUUCUUUCUGGAGAAGUUUUCGGAUCCUGCUGUGUGGUUCGAGAGACGGCUGGCGUACGUCAAGAGCUGCGCCACGUGCUCAAUAGUCGGUUACAUCAUGGGGCUUGGUGAUCGUCACGUGCAGAACAUUCUCGUUGAUUGUAACACCGCUGAACUCAUCCAUAUUGAYCUGGGCGUGGCGUUCGAACAAGGCAAAAUCUUACGCACCCCAGAGACCGUYCCAUUCCGACUGACACGUGACCUAGUGGACGGAAUGGGGGUGACCGGAGUAGAGGGGGUUUACCGACGAUGCUGUGAGAAGACAAUGGAAGUUAUGAGAUCAUCUCAGGAAGCUUUGGUCACAAUAUUAGAGGUUCUUCUAUAUGACCCAAUUUACUCCUGGACUUUAAGCCCCGAAAAGAAAAAGGCUCUGCAAACGGCCAAAACCGAAGCWGAUGACACCAUGACCACAGGGAUUCAAUCCGGGGAUUUUCUGGAGACAAUGACCGAAGGGAACUCGGUCGAGUCUAGAAACAAGAUGGCGGAAAGGGUUCUCUUGAGGUUGAAGCAGAAAUUAAACGGUGUUGAAGACAACGUUCAGUUGAGUGUCAGUGGACAAGUCAACCACUUAAUACGAGAGGCUACAGAUCCAAAUAACCUUUGUCGACUAUUCCCAGGAUGGCAGCCGUGGCUGUAGUGCGUUAUAGAAUUUCUUUUGCGACAACAGCGUGACAUAUCACGUAAUGCAAUACUGAAUAUUGCGUCAUCUUGAUCUUUGCGUGACAUCUUAUCGUUGGGUGAAUUAAUCGUCUGUUUUACCGUGACGUCAUUGACUCUGUUGUAUGACGUCAUUAUGAUGGCUUCGUGACGUCAUCGUGACUUAUGGUAUAUGUUUUGUGAUGAUUGCUUGUUGUGAUAUGAUGGUUCUCAUUUUAUCGGUGACGGAAACGAUCGUGAUGGAUUCGCUGCACGAGAAGACAGAUCGGCAAUUGGUCGUGAAAUGAUCGGGUAAAAGUCGAGAUGCUGAUCGUUACAAAUCGGUAUCAAAAUCGUUGGAAGCAAAAAAGACAUUCUCUUUGCAAAGAGUGUUGGAAACAGAUACAUAAAUUGCCAGAUACAAAAUUGACAUUUAAAUAGUUAAAAUUCUAUCAAGAACAAUAUUAUUAAUUUAGAAAAUGCAAAAUUUAAAAACCAAAACAAUUUAGAGAGUUUAUGAUAUAUAUACAUUUUGUUCAAAUUUAAACGUUUUAUACCAAUUAUGUAAUGGUAACUUAGGCCAUCAUAAUUAAAAUAAUACUACAUCAUUUAAAUACUCGGUGAGUAUUGAUUUUAUGCGAAUACUACUUAUUGUCGUUCUACAACUCGUUCUAUUUUGACAUGUUCGCCAAUAUGGCCGCCAUCUUGGAUUCUAUUCAGUACAAAACCAGGGUUGCACAGGAGGCACUAAGCAAAGAGUUUAGAUGCUGAAGUAGUUAUACGAACUAAUAAGAGAGAGUAAGUUUUCGCUGCCAUUCUUUGUAACAAUGUCUUAAUUCUUUUGCCCAAUGGACAUCCCGUAAUUUCUUCUUGAUUCAAGAUGGCGGACUUAUGGAAUGAUAAAGUCGUUUGAAUCUGUAGUUUUUUUUUACUUUCUGAAGGUCAAAUUUCUUGCUGUCAGAUUAAAAAGACCAGUAGUUUCUCUAGUUAAAGCCUUUUAAAUUAAUCCAUCCUUUAUUUUGAUKCUUAAAGCUUGAAUAAUUCAAGUAAUUUAGU